AUCUUUGACAAAUUGAUUUCAUUUAAACUACCAAUUACCAACAACCCCAACCACCAACCACCAACACCCGCCUCCUCCUCCUCCCUCCUCCCUCCUCCUCGGCCUACUUCAACCGAUCUAGUCUGCACUCUUUCUCCUUCCUAAUUAAAUCCUCCGAUCUUGAUAUAUCCUCAAUACUCACACACAACGAGGAACGCCUUCAAAACGAUGUCUUCGAAACAGAUGGUCUUGUACAAAUUGGUGGUGCUUGGUGAUGGAGGUGUAGGUAAAACUGCUUUGACAAUUCAAUUAACAUUACAGCAUUUCGUCGAGACUGUAAGCUCUCCCACUGACCAUCUCUAAUUGUUAUCAUCACAUGCUUACUCCAGCAUAGUACGAUCCUACUAUCGAAGAUUCAUACCGGAAACAAGUCGCGAUAGACGGUCAAUCAUGUAUGUUGGAGGUUCUCGAUACUGCCGGUCAAGAAGAAUAUACUGCGUUACGAGAUCAAUGGAUACGUGAUGGUGAAGGAUUCGUUUUGGUUUACAGCAUAUCGUCGAGAUCAUCCUUUGGGCGCAUUCAAAGAUUUCACAAUCAAAUUCAACGAGUUAAGGAAUCAUCUUCAUCCUCUCCAGUAUAUCCCGGCUCACCCAUAUCACCUGUCUCGCCUUCCGAACCUGUACCGAUUAUGCUCGUGGGAAAUAAAUGCGACAGAGUUACCGAACGAGAGGUAUCUACACAAGAAGGUCAUGCAUUGGCGCGGGAAUUGGGUUGCGAAUUUGUUGAAGCAUCGGCAAAGAAUUGCGUAAAUGUCGAAAAGGCAUUUUAUGAUGUAGUACGACAAUUGCGCAGACAACGUCAGCAAAGAACAUCAGCUUCAGGUACUGGCAAGACCCCCCGUGCUAAUGCCUCGGAGAAUGGAAUGGUUCGAGAUGAAUCCAGGAAAUAUCGUCCCAAGAAGAAGGGUCCUUGUGUUAUCUUAUGAAAAAUUCAUCUCCUGACGCAUCGAGACAUUUGAGCUCAAAGCUUUUUUCGCAUGGAUUAUCAACGACGUUUACGACAUUCCUUUGGCUAGAUGCCUUUUUACCACAAUUUAUGAACCUCACCCUUCCUCCCACGUUCUUAUCAAGAUUUCUCUACCAUGUUUCCUCAAUAGCGUUUGCUCAAUCAAAUUCCUAGCUGGACCGGCGAAUGGAGUACCAAAAAGAGUGGCAUACGGCGUAUUUAUGAACUGUUUUCUUGGAAAAUCACCUUCCCAAUCUCAACUUCGACACCUUAUAUCAUACAUCAUUUCACAUCAUCACGGAAAGAAUGGCCUCUCGAAUUUGUCAGGUACGCUUUUAAACGAUAACUUUGCUUUUGGUGUCUAUGGCGCAAGAAACGAGAUGUGGCCAUGUUUUCAAAUGAGACGUACAUUUUUCCCCCUAAAUUCGACGUGCUUCUUUUGGAUUUUGAUCUUGAUAUGACCUUUUUUUUCAAUCUCACUACUUCUUUUUCCCAAAUUGUCUCCAUUCAUGAAAAAAAUUGUUCUCCUUUUCCGAUUUCAGUCACAUACAGCGUCGGAGUGUCCUUUUUCAUGUUUGAAAGGUUGGUCUUCUGACACUCAUAUCAUAUUUGAAUUUCUGGUAGUUUUGGUUGUAACGGGAGCAAGCAAUGAUUUUAGUAUGUCGGGAAAAUCUUGCUUGCUUGCUAGAACUUUGGUUGCCUCGAUUCCAUAUUUUUGGCUGGUUGACUGGUUGUGUCUUCAUCUUUUCGUAAGGAGUGAAUUAUUAUUAUAUCCGGUACUACCUAAUUGUCAUACUUCACGCGAUUUUUGGGAGUGGACAGAAAUAUGGAGGGGUGGAUGGACGGUGGAUGGUAGGAAAAGAAAUGGAGGAUUGGUUGAGAAUGGAUUGAUGGAUGGACAGAAGUGAAGGAGAAAGAAAGUAUAUACCGUAGCGGAUGUGUGGAGAACUACUCAAGUAGGGCUGGAAUGGAUAGAUAUAUUUUACUAUCUAUAUUUAAGGUUGGGGGAAAGUGGAAUAACUAGUUAGUUACUUGGUUACUUACGAACCGAAUUGUGUUGUUGGGAAUGAGGAAUAGAUGAGAUGGAUGGAUGGAUGGAAG